AUGCCAGCUGCCAGCCGACGAGGAAGCCAGUGGUGCCUUCUUUUACGUUGGCUCAAGCGCUGCGUCCUGCAGGUGGCGCUGGCCCGUCCCGGGGGCUCCUUCUGCAGCGCGUUCGGGCCCCUUCCCGGCCUUAAGGGGAGCCCUCGCGGGCGCGCGCCCCACCUGGCGCAGGUGUGGCCGACGGGGCGGCGGGCACGGAGCCUGGGGCGGUGCCCGCGGGCACCCGCUGGGGACCAGGCCGCGCCCCCUCCCGGAACUGGCCGGCGUGGCGUUCGGGGCGCAGCGGCCGGAGCGCGGCGGCUGGCCAGGGGCCCCAUGGAAGUCCCGGGGGCGGGCGGGGACCGGCCGGGGCGCCCCGAGGCGGAGGUGCCCGGGAGGGCGCGGACCCCGUCCUCGCCGGGGGCGGCCGCGGAGGGCGGGGACGGGCCGGGGCGCGGCCGCGCGAGCCGCACGGCGUCCCUGGUCAGCGGGCUGCUCACCGAGCUCUACAGCUGCGCCGACGACGAGGCGGCCGGAGGGGGCCGCGGCCCGGGGAGCGGCCGGGGACGCCGCGACAGCCUGGACAGCUCCACCGAGGCCUCGGGCUCCGACGUGUUCCUGGGCGGCCGCGGCGGCGCCGGCGACUCCCGCGUGCUGCAGGAGCUGCAGGAGCGGCCGAGCCCCCGGCUCCAGCUGCAGUACCUGCGGCAGAAAGAUAUCAACGAGCUGAAGAUAAUCCUCCGAGAGCUGAAGUACAGAAUUGGUACGCAGUCAGCGAAGCUGCUCCGGCAGCUGAAGCAGAAGGACCGGCUUCUGCAUAAGGUGCAGAAGAACUGCGAUGUGCUGACGGCGUGCCUGCAGGCCGCAUCGCCGAAGAGACCCUGGCAGAACAGUAUGUUCAGGUAUGAUGAAUCUAGGUCUGGUGUUGUGUUUUGAUAAAAUGCCUGCGACAGCUUCUUAGGUGCAUGUGAA